AUGCCUCUCCUAAGUUAUCUAUACUCGUGGGUCAAACCGCGCCAAUGCCAACGUGAAGAACGAUCUCCUUCUUUCUCUCUUGGCAAGAAGAAGCGCACAAAGUCAGGGCUAGAUAAGAACGAAAAGGAAGAUUUUCAGCGAUCCAACAUAAUUCGCAAGUCCUUACAAAGUCGCGCCUCUUCACGAGCAACCGUGCGACAGGAAGAUGAAAACGACACUGAAGAGGAGGAUAGAAACACAAGUCUCAGGACAGAUUGGAAAGCAUACGAAGCUGAUAUUCAGCGAAACAAAUCAACGCUGAUGAGAAAACACCCGGGAGUCGAUCGCUCGAGAAUACAAACUCACGCAGGAUCCUCCUCAUCCCGACCUCAACCACAAUCUUUCUCAUCAAGCUCAACUAGCCCCUACUCUCCGCUUUCACCAACGACAUCAACUUCAACAACGAGCCCAGCCUCGCCAGAUAUAGGGAGAGCAUUUUAA